GGCGCCGCCCCGCCGGCCCCCGGCCCCCGGCAUGGGCGCGGCGCUGCUGCAGCGUGGGGGCUGCGCGCUUCUGUGCCUGGCGCUGCUCCUGCUGGGCUGCUGGGCCGAGCUGGGCAGCGGGCUGGAGUUUCCAGGCGCCGAGGGCCAGUGGACGCGCUUCCCCAAGUGGAACGCAUGCUGCGAGAGCGAGCUCAGCUUCGAGCUGAAGACGCGCGCCGCGCGAGGCCUGGUGCUCUACUUCGACGACGAGGGCUUCUGCGACUUCCUGGAGCUGGUGCUGACGCGCGGCGGCCGCCUGCAACUCAGCUUCUCCAUCUUCUGCGCCGAGCCCGCCACGCUGCUGGCCGACACGCCGCUCAACGACGGCGCGUGGCACCGCGUGCGCCUGCGGCGCCAGUUCCGCAACACCACGCUGCUCAUCGACCGCGUGGAGGCGCGCUGGGUGGAGGUGCAGUCGAAGCGCCGCGACAUGACGGUCUUCAGCGGGCUCUUCGUAGGGGGGCUGCCGCCCGAGCUGCGCGCCGCCGCCCUCAAGCUCACCCGCGCCUCGGUGCGCGAGCACGCGCCCUUCCGCGGCUGGAUCCGCGACGUGCGGGUGGACGCGGCUCGCACGCUGCCCGAGGACGGCGCCGAGGUGCGGCUGGACGACGACGAGCCCAGCGGCGGGGGACCCUGCGAAGUGGAGGAGGGCGCGGGCGGCGUGUGCCUCAACGGCGGGGUGUGCUCGGUGGUGGACGACCGCGCUGUGUGCGACUGCUCGCGGACUGGCUUCCGCGGCGAGGACUGCAGCCAAGAAGACAACAAUGUGGAAGGUCUGGCGCACCUGAUGAUGGGCGACCAAGGUAAAAGUAAAGGAAAAGAAGAAUAUAUUGCCACUUUCAAGGGAUCUGAAUACUUCUGCUACGACUUGUCUCAAAACCCCAUUCAAAGCAGCAGCGAUGAAAUAACUCUGUCCUUUAAAACCCUUCAGAGGAAUGGACUGAUGCUUCACACUGGAAAAUCAGCUGAUUAUGUCAAUCUUGCCCUGAAAAAUGGAGCUGUCUCUCUGGUCAUUAAUUUGGGAUCAGGGGCCUUUGAAGCACUAGUGGAGCCCGUGAAUGGAAAGUUUAAUGAUAAUGCCUGGCAUGAUGUGAAAGUCACCAGGAAUCUGCGUCAGCACUCAGGCAUUGGACACGCUAUGGUGACAAUAUCAGUGGAUGGGAUUCUUACCACAACGGGCUACACACAAGAAGAUUAUACCAUGCUGGGGUCUGAUGACUUUUUCUAUGUUGGAGGCAGUCCCAGCACAGCCGACCUUCCAGGGUCCCCAGUCAGUAACAACUUCAUGGGCUGUCUCAAAGAGGUUGUAUAUAAAAAUAAUGAUGUAAGGCUGGAAUUAUCACGACUUGCCAAACAAGGUGAUCCUAAGAUGAAGAUCCACGGAGUGGUGGCAUUUAAGUGUGAAAAUGUUGCCACUUUAGACCCAAUCACUUUUGAAACCCCAGAGUCUUUCAUCUCUUUGCCUAAAUGGAAUGCAAAGAAGACAGGCUCCAUAUCAUUUGACUUCCGUACAACAGAGCCAAAUGGCCUGAUCUUAUUUAGCCAUGGAAAGCCAAGACAUCAGAAAGAUGCCAAACAUCCACAGAUGAUAAAGGUGGACUUCUUUGCUAUUGAGAUGCUGGAUGGUCACCUCUACCUCCUCCUGGACAUGGGGUCAGGUACCAUCAAAAUAAAAGCCCUGCAGAAGAAAGUGAAUGAUGGAGAAUGGUAUCAUGUGGACUUCCAGAGAGAUGGACGGUCAGGUACCAUUUCUGUCAACACACUGCGCACGCCCUAUACUGCCCCUGGUGAAAGUGAGAUUCUGGACCUGGAUGAUGAGCUGUACCUGGGAGGCCUGCCAGAAAAUAAGGCUGGCCUUGUCUUCCCCACUGAGGUGUGGACUGCUCUGCUCAACUAUGGCUACGUGGGCUGCAUCCGGGAUUUAUUCAUUGAUGGCCAGAGCAAAGACAUCCGGCAAAUGGCUGAAGUUCAAAGUACUGCUGGAGUGAAGCCCUCCUGCUCCAGGGAAACAGCAAAACCGUGCCUUAGCAAUCCUUGCAAAAAUAAUGGCAUGUGCAGGGAUGGGUGGAACAGAUAUGUCUGUGAUUGUUCUGGAACAGGCUACCUUGGCAGGUCCUGUGAGAGAGAGGCAACGGUGUUGAGCUAUGAUGGGAGCAUGUUUAUGAAGAUCCAGCUCCCAGUGGUGAUGCAUACAGAGGCCGAGGACGUGUCCUUGCGGUUCCGGUCUCAGCGCGCCUAUGGCAUUCUGAUGGCCACCACGUCCAGGGACUCCGCGGACACGCUGCGGCUGGAGCUGGACGCGGGCCGCGUGAAACUGACGGUCAACCUAGAUUGUAUCAGGAUUAACUGUAAUUCCAGCAAAGGUCCUGAGACCCUUUUUGCUGGCUAUAACCUCAAUGAUAAUGAAUGGCACACUGUGCGUGUGGUUCGUCGAGGAAAAAGCUUAAAGUUAACGGUGGAUGAUCAACAGGCCAUGACAGGCCAAAUGGCAGGUGACCACACGAGGCUGGAGUUCCACAACAUAGAGACUGGCAUCAUCACAGAACGCCGAUAUCUGUCCUCUGUGCCCUCCAACUUCAUUGGGCACCUGCAGAGCUUGACAUUUAAUGGAAUGGCAUACAUUGACUUGUGUAAAAACGGUGAUAUAGAUUACUGUGAGCUCAAUGCCAGAUUUGGCUUCAGGAACAUCAUUGCAGACCCUGUCACCUUCAAGACCAAAUCAAGCUAUGUUGCCUUAGCUACAUUGCAAGCCUACACUUCUAUGCAUCUUUUUUUCCAGUUCAAGACCACAUCUUUAGAUGGACUAAUUCUCUAUAAUAGUGGGGAUGGAAAUGACUUUAUUGUGGUUGAAUUAGUUAAAGGGUACUUACAUUAUGUGUUUGAUUUGGGAAAUGGUGCUAACCUCAUCAAAGGGAGCUCAAACAAACCACUCAACGACAAUCAGUGGCACAAUGUGAUGAUAUCAAGGGAUACCAGCAAUCUCCACACUGUAAAAAUCGACACAAAAAUCACAACACAAAUCACUGCUGGAGCCAGGAACUUAGACCUCAAGAGUGACUUGUAUAUAGGAGGAGUGGCUAAAGAAACCUACAAAUCCUUGCCAAAACUGGUCCACGCCAAGGAGGGCUUCCAAGGCUGCCUGGCAUCCGUUGACCUAAAUGGACGGCUCCCGGACCUCAUCUCAGAUGCUCUUUUCUGCAAUGGACAGAUUGAGAGGGGAUGUGAAGUUGCAUUGAUGAAAGCUGACUUGCAAGGUCCUAGCACAACCUGUCAAGAAGACUCGUGUUCCAAUCAGGGUGUGUGCUUGCAGCAGUGGGAUGGCUUCAGCUGUGACUGCAGCAUGACUUCCUUCAGUGGACCUCUCUGCAAUGACCCUGGGACAACAUAUAUCUUUAGCAAAGGUGGUGGACAAAUCACAUAUAAGUGGCCUCCUAAUGACCGACCAAGUACACGAGCAGACAGACUGGCUAUAGGGUUUAGCACUGUGCAGAAGGAAGCUGUAUUGGUGCGAGUGGACAGUUCAUCAGGCCUGGGUGACUACCUAGAGCUACAUAUACACCAAGGAAAAAUUGGAGUUAAGUUUAAUGUUGGGACAGAUGACAUCGCCAUUGAAGAGUCCAAUGCAAUCAUUAAUGAUGGGAAAUACCAUGUAGUGCGUUUCACGAGGAGUGGUGGCAAUGCCACGUUACAAGUGGACAGCUGGCCAGUGAUCGAGCGUUACCCAGCAGGAAACAAUGAUAACGAGCGCCUGGCGAUUGCUAGACAGCGAAUUCCAUAUCGACUUGGUCGAGUAGUUGAUGAAUGGCUACUCGACAAAGGGCGUCAGCUCACAAUCUUCAAUAGCCAAGCAACCAUAAUAAUUGGCGGGAAAGAGCAGGGCCAGCCCUUCCAGGGCCAGCUCUCUGGGCUUUACUACAAUGGCUUGAAAGUUCUGAAUAUGGCAGCUGAAAACGAUGCCAACAUCGCCAUAGUGGGAAAUGUGAGACUAGUUGGUGAAGUGCCUUCCUCUAUGACAACUGAGUCGACAGCCACGGCCAUGCAGUCAGAGAUGUCCACGUCAAUCAUGGAGACCACCACAACCCUGGCCACAAGCACCGCAAGAAGAGGAAGGCCCCCAACAAAAGAACCUGUCAGCCAGACCACAGAUGACAUCCUCGUGGCCUCCGCAGAGUGUCCUAGCGAUGACGAGGACAUUGACCCGUGUGAGCCAAGCUCAGGUGGGUUAGCCAACCCAACCCGAGUGGGCGGAAGGGAGCCAUACCCUGGCUCUGCAGAAGUGAUCCGGGAGUCCAGCAGCACCACGGGCAUGGUCGUUGGGAUCGUGGCCGCAGCCGCCCUGUGCAUCCUCAUCCUCCUCUAUGCCAUGUACAAGUACAGGAACCGGGAUGAAGGCUCAUACCACGUGGAUGAGAGCCGAAACUACAUCAGUAACUCAGCACAGUCCAACGGGGCUGUGGUAAAGGAGAAGCAACCCAGCAGCGCAAAGAGCGCCAACAAAAACAAGAAAAACAAGGAUAAAGAGUAUUAUGUCUGAUCUCAAGAUCUGAAAAGGACACGUGUAUAGAAAUAGUCUUCAUUUUAUCUGAGACAUAAUAUAAACUUAUUUACUUUCCUUUUUAUGAAGCACAUACAAAAGAAGACAGGGAAUGCAAUCAGGAAGGAAAGACUGUUUUUAAAAAAAAAAAAAAACAAACAAAGCAAAACAAGUAUCUCAUGCUCUUGUUUCUCAAAAAAACAAACAAAAAAACCCAAAAAACAACAAAAAAAGAAAAACACAGGGGCCAAUAAUUUCCCUAACAUCCUCAGUGUUUUCAUUUACUCUGCCUGUCUUUAUGUUGCUGGAACAUUUCUAAAAGACAGUGAUGACCGCACGCAUUCAUAAAGCAAAGGAGUAUUACAACAUCAAGGCACAACACAAAAACAACACAAAACAUAACACAAAAAAGAAGCUACCUAUGAUCCUGGAUUUAGCCAAAGUGCUAGCGCUUUCCUGAGAAGUCAGUUAGUCUGAUUGCCAGAGAAGACUUGUCCUUGUGAGGGCCUCAACCAGCAAACCUUUCAGAGUUUGCUGCCUGGUGCAACUGGAGCAAUGGCUGGAACUUGCAUUUCAUACAAAGUGCUGGCUUUUUUGAAGACUUGUGUAGGAAUACAUUCAAAAAGCCCCUUUCUGGUUGUGAGAGAAAAAAAAUGUAUGGAGGCCUUAUUUUCAAAAAUGUGAAAUAUAAGGCACAUUUUCACACUAAAAUUUCAAAACAAAAGCAAGAGGGCAUAGAUGCAAUCAUUGGGAAAUUUUCAUGCACGCUUACUAUGUUAUUACAUAUGUUUAUAUAAAACCCAUCUCUGUGUGCUUUCUGGACUGUGAUAAGUGACGUUUUAUAGCCUGUUGUAUAGAAAAUGCAAAAUAUAUCUCUGCUCUUCAGCCAUUUUUGGUAAAUUCAAUGUUAUAAGUGUUGCUAAGUAUAGGGAGUUUUAUGACAAUAGAGCAACAAUUAUUUCAGUCAAUUUUUUUUGCCACCAUUAUAAAUUGCCACAAUUACUUACUUUUUUAAAAAAAUUACAUUGUAGUGUUUAUUCUAAGAAAGAUAUGUAUGAAUGUAUAUAAAGACUCAGCUACUUUUUUUCUUACAUGUACAGCCUUCAUUCUGUUGCAGUUAAGUUUUAGUAUUUGUAUGAAAGGCGUGAAUUAGAAGGUAAAAUAUAUACAUAUAUAUCUUAUAAUCUUUUCUACCCCAAAUGCUCACAUCCUUACAUGUGUUCACCAUUUGCAAUCUCACACACGCACACACGUGCACACACACACACACACACACACACACGAGGAAUCCAUCAGAUAUGAUGGAACACCUACAUUGAAAAGAAGGAGGGAAGAGAGCUGUGCCAAGGUAUAUGACAAAUGGGGUGAUUUGCUUCACUGAGCUCUUGCUCCCAGGAGACCUGGAGAAGAUUUUAGUCCCUAAUGAAAUGGAACAUUUUCUUAUCAAAUACAAUAUCCCUGGUAUACUGCUGCAUGAAUGUGAACCAUUAUGUGGGCAGGUUAUGGGCGCAAAAUUGGUAAUCUACACCUUAUCUCUGGCUGCUGCAAUUUAAAAGUUGGUUUCCAAUGAAAUUUUAUAUAUAUAUAUAUAUAUAUAUAUAUAUAUAUAUAUAUAUAUAUAUUCUCUGACCUGAUGUGCAUGAUAAACCUUUUUGGAAAGUAAAUACUUUCUCAACUAAAAAAGUAUUUUCAAUCAUUUUUUACUCUGUAUUACUACCCAUUAAAAAAAGUUCUCUUUAGGUUGAUUUUUGACUAAAUUUUAACUUUUCUGGUUUAUAUCUGUAUCAUUAAAUAUAGUUUUAGCUUAACAUGCAUUAAAUAGUAGGAAAAUACAGAUUAUUCACUUGUUUUUGCAUAUUGUUUCAAUGAUGUUCAUAGCAAUAAAUUAUUAGUAUAAGAAGGCAAUGCAAAGGAAGAGCAUUAUUAGGAUGGAAGGUAAAAUUGGCCACAUUACUUGAACAUCUCCUAAAAUGAUACUAGAUUUCAUACAAGACACCAAUACCUUUAGAGUUAGCUUUAACCAGCAAAGGCAAAAAAUGCAAAACAUCUUCUAUGAUAUUUUAGUUGAUGAAAAAUGCCAACCAGUGGCCUGGAUUUCAGAGUCAUGGUACUUUAGAAAUAUGAAUAAUUCAUAGCAAAUCACCACUGUCUGUGGUUGCCAAGUGAUUAUGUAAGAAGAGUCUUAAAGGCUUUUUCAUGACCCAGAAAGUAGAUGGAUGGUAUACAACUAAAAUUUAGUAUCCAUUACUUCCGUUUCAGAUUUUUAUCUCUUUUUAAUUUGCCAGGUUAAAGAAUUCACAAGUCUUUUCCCCCCCCACCUCUCUCAUUCAGUCUUACUCAGGGAAAGCCAGUGAAAUAAAAAGGGAAUAUAAAACUACUAAUUUACAACUUAAGUUUAAAAAAAUGGUUUCUCUUCCAUUUGAUCUAGUAACUUAAACUAGUUUCAUCUGAAAAGAUUCUAACAUAUUAUAAAAAAUAAAUUGAGUAGUGGUGUAUCUGUGAAGCAUGAUGCUUGGGAUUGAUUUCAAUGUUUCUUCCCAACAUAAAUUUUAAAAUUUCGUGCAAUGAUAUUAUCUAAUAUUGCCAGUAAAAUAUUUCUAAUGUUAUUGGCCUAUUUAAAAAUCUAGCUGUUUUUCUUCCUGGAGAAAGAGAAGAGAGGAACAUGAGUUAGGGAGAGAAAAAGAUUAAUAAAAUCUGAGAAUCUUCAUACCAAAUGUAUCAGGGUUCAUGCAUAGUUUGUAAUUAAUAAAGGAUUUCACACUACCUGGCAUAAAUUUGAUUACAUCUCUAGACUGUAACUUUUCUGAUUGAGUAUGCUUCUUUUUUAUCCAUGUAAUGUGUUGCCUUUUUUAAAAAAACAAACAACUACUAUGAUAAUGUGUGAGAUGGUCAGUCCCCAAGACAUCAAAGAAAGGCCACAUGAUCUUACCCUUCUAGUGCUUUGUGUGAUUGGGUAUCUAAGGGGUUUGUUUUGUUUUGUUUUUCUGUUGCAAGGCCAAUUUAUCCAUUACUGGAAAUGCUAAGCAAGUGGAAUUUACUGUUUUGUUAAUAAAAUAUUUCUUAAUACAA